GCUUUAGAUCUGCGUUACCCCGCGGGUAACGUGGUGAGGUGAGCGUCUUCCGGCGACAAUGGACAAUAUCUCUUUCGGGGAAUAUCUCGACAUAACCCUGCGCAUCUCAAACUUGCUCGAUGAAAAUUUGGAGCAGUGGCCUCAUCUGAACGAACUGCUCCAGUGCUACAGAAGUGACUGGGUGAAAGAUGAAAGCAAGUAUGGGCAUUAUGAAAGUGUCAGUCCUUCUCACUUUCACAAUCAAAUAUUUGAGGGACCCGAUACUGAUAUCCAGACUGAAAGCGAACCAAGGGUGAAAUGCUACUGAUGAUGACACCCCAAGUACCUCUGGACGGCAAUUUGCAGACUCUCAUGUUUCUCAGGUUUUGCUCUUUAACUUUUUUAUCUGGCUAAACCAUACCGAUCCAUCUGAAGUAGUAUAAUUGGGAAUAUCUCCAGAUUGAAACUCCAUAUCAUCCGGAAUCAACUACCAAAACAAAAACCAUUAUCAAUAGAGAUGCAGAAGACAUAUAUGGCAUAAUCAGUUAAUCACAUGUCAAGGACAUAAAGUAUGAGCAAUUAA